AUGUCCACUACAGCCGUUUUAGUUUUAUGCGUCCAAGUUUUCUUGGCACAGAACGUGUUCAGCCAAUGUAUCGGCGCUGGUCCCCUCGCUAACGGCCUAGGUCUGGGUUACGGAGCCGGGCUCGGUCCAUACGCCGCUGGUUUGGGCCAGGUCGAGGCUCUAGCCGGUCCCUAUGGAGCUGGUUUGGGGCUCGGUGUAGGGCCAGCGCUCGUGCCAGAGGUGCUUGCCCCAGGGGUCGCUCCCUUCGGCUUGGACGGUCUAGCUGGCGCUUACGGAGGUGCGGGUAUAGGAGACAUAGCGGUGGCUGGUGAGAUGCCCGUCGCUGGAACCACCCUCGUCGCUGGACAGGUGCCCAUACUCGGAGCUGUUCGCUUCGCUGGUGACCUGCCCGCCGCUGGGACGGUCUCCAUCGCUGGCAGCUGCGGAUGUGGUGCUGGAGCUUAUAUCUACUAA